AUGUGCUCUUUCGUAAGAGUGGGGUCCCCCAAAGGCUUGGGGCGCUCCAAGGGAUUGGGAUCUUCCCUCGAGCCAGGUGCAGCUUACCCCUUAGAGAUGAGUGCCCUUGGAGGAAUGAGGGUAUCUGAGAGGAAAUCUCCCCUGAGCAUGGACGUGGCACUCACCCGGGAAGGAAAAGAUGACUUAGGAGAGAGAAGGGUCUUCAUGGGAACAACAUCUCCCACGGAGUUGGGGCUCAGAGUGGGAUUAGGAAAAGAAGAUUCUCCAUGCAGUAAUAAAUAUGAGGAGAGGAUGGCUUCACCGGAAACGAAAUAUCCAUCGAGCAAUGGGCUUGAUAUAAGAUUAAAAAGACAGAAUAUUUCUAGGACUUUCAUGGACGGGAGUAAUUUAGGAGUCAGCAGGGUCUCAGCCUCACAGGAAACAAAAUGUCCUCUGAGAAUGUUGCCAGGAAGAGCAGGUUUAGAAAAUGAGCGUUUUCUGGCAGGGUGUUGUCCUGGAAGGGUAACACAGUCUCCACUGGGCCUGGUGUGUGAAAGUUCACAGGCUCUAGGCAGCAGGAGAUGUCCUGUGGCUGGUGACUCUGAAGAGUUAGGGGCUUCAGUGGGGAAGCAACCUACUUUGGGUAUGGAACCUAGACAGGGACUGGAAAAAGAGUCCACCUGUGUGGUGAUGAAGCCCAGCAUGGAGAUGCAGCCUCCUGUGGAGGUGGACAUGGGGUUCCCCCAACCAGAGGAUCCAGAUGAAACUAAGCCUACAGAACCCCAAAUGGGCUUGGUGAUAGAACCUUCUGAGUGCCAGUUGGCUCAACAACCUGAAGAGCAAAGGGAGACUGAGAACAUUGAACCAGGAGUAGAACCUCCAGAUCGCAUCAGACCCAUAUACUCUGGGAAAUUUUUUGAUCGGUUGCCUUGCUGGCCAAGUGCAGGGAAAGUUCUUCCGAUUGGAUACAGAGCUGCAAACUGCUUGACUGAAAAACUUCCCAGGCUAAUGACCCCACCUGAAGCAAAAAAAUUUUUCAACUUCAGAUAUCCACCUGCUGGAGCCGAAAGAGUAUUUUACGGCAGAGCAAAUGAUCCCCAAAUUGCACCUUCUUUGACACAUGGAAUCAGAUCUAAAAUUUCAACACCGGCAAAGGUACUGAUCAACCCACAGCCUAUUACAACCUUUCAACAGAAAAUGAAAGAUAAGAAGGAAUCAGUAUAUUUUAGCAAUCAACGGGCACCAUUAGGAAAAUCUCAUGAUCAGACGCCAGGAUUACCUAAAGGCCUGGAUAUACUCAACACGACAUUUGGGACGGCAGUCAUCAGAGAAUUAUCUGCUAGAGAGGUGGUGAAUCCACCAAAAUCCUAUCAAGAAGUAUUUGAAGAAGGACAGGCAGGACACGAUCUGUAUAUUGUAUCUCACAAUGAUUAUUAUGCAGGAGAAGCAAAGCACCGAAAGUAUAAUCCAUCAAGUUUUCAUAGAUUUAACUUGUAUGGGAUCCCAACACCACAUUUUAAUGAUGGACGAAACAUGGCAAAAACUUUACAUUGGCUUCACGAACUACAAAUGAAAAGAGGAGCUAAGGUUGUAUCCAAGAGAGUUGAUGAUUUCAAAGAAAAAUUUCAACAUAAACUUGGAAGAAUUUUAGAUCCCAUUGCAGAAACAAUGAAUGUUCCCCCAGACCACACAUUUGGGGCUUGUCUCCGUCCUGAGGAGUAUGGAGCUGGUGAUCUCACCCACAGAAGACUUCCGGGAGAAUAUCUCCGAGGCAAGGACAGACAGAGAGCCCUGGUUGCAGCAGUGCGACAACACUUAAAGAAAGUUAACUACCAAAACUUUGACACUUUGCUGGCAGCCUUCAGACACUAUGACAAGAAGGGAGAUGGGGCCAUAGAUAAAGCUGAGCUUCGGGAAGCAUGUGACCAGGCCAGUGUGCACAUAGAUGAGAAGCUCCUGGACCAGCUAUUUGAAUACUGUGAUGUGGAUAACGACGGGCUGAUUAACUACCUUGAAUUUGCAAAUUUUCUUAACUGGAAAGAUAAAACCCCCCUUAAGGAGUAUGAAGAGAGGGUCAUUAUUAAAGGUGGAAAACCAGAUUGUGCAAACCCUGCUGAGGCUAAUGUAGAAGAAUCUGAACCAGCUCUCCUGAUAAAGCCUGAAGAUAUUGUCUUGAAAGAGCCAGGGAGCUCAGAAAAGACUCUGCGGACACUUCUGAGGCCAAGCGAUAAAGUUUCUAAUCACUACGAGACCACUUCUUCGGAGAUCAGUGCAGUUGUAGGCGCUGUUCCUUCUACUUGUUACCCCAUCUACGGUGUUCCAACCAUUCGGUCCGAUAUUCCCGCCCCCCAAAUUCGCCGUAUCAGUGACAGAACCAAUUAUGGUGAAGAGGGAAAUGCCUAUUCAUUGCUGUAUCCUACCAUCUUUGGCCAGAAAGGAUUGUUUGAAAGAGACUUCUUCAAGACCAGAUCCAAAAAAGAGAUUGCAGAGAUAUUAUGUAAAAUUGGUGUCAAGCUUUCUGAGGAUGAAUUUGAAAAUGUAUGGAAUCUUGCAUCAAAAAAACACCACAGAGGAGAAGUUUGUGUUGAGACUAUCAGAAAUGUUCUGAAUGAGUUACAGUACGCAGACUGGACCAAGUGCAAAACAGCCAUGUGAUCUUUGUGGCGUCCAUUCAUUUACACCAAAGAACUGUUACAUCUGUGUUCACCUAAAAUGUUCAGUCCAUUCUGGUUUUAGAUAUUAUAAUUCAGCAAUCACAGUGGUAGGGCUUAUAUGCCUGGUUGCGUUGCUAAUAAAUUAGAUCUUGGACUUUAAA